CCUGCCUUUCCGCCCUGCGUUGCCCUGUGGCAAGCUUUCCUGGCCAUAGCUUAUGCAUGGACCAGCCCUGGUACCACGGAUGGUCUUGGGCGAUGAUGUGGUCUGGGUCUUGAAGUCAUCGUGAAAGCAGCUCUAGAAUCUGACGAUGGACCCAUCAAGGCAAUCACGCGGCCAUCAUAUUUUUCUGAUUCCUUCUAUUUUCGGAUGUCUUGUGCGACAGUUGGAGAUAUGCGGUUUCGACGGGUCGUUGUCCGUUGGUCUUCUCCAGGUCUAUAAACCCCAGGUUCUCCUACCAAGACAAUGGGGAUCCGACGAUAUUCUCUAUAGCCAUCGCGCCCCUGUGGUAGCCAAAGACUUUUUCACUUUGCGUGCACAGUUGAUUUCCAUUCCGUUUUCGUCCUUUAUACCUUAAUCUUUAAUUUAAUAAUCUUGCACGCACCAUCGCCAUGCGUUCUGUAUUGUGCCGGUCGCUAUCGGCUCUGGCCCCAG